AUGUCGAUGACACGCAACACGAACCAAAGCAGUCUAUUUCGACUACCUCCCGAAGUUCUUCUCCUCAUGACGGAAGAUGAUGCUCUUGAGUGGCAGGAUCUUAGAAGACUUCGCCAUGUGUGCUUUUUCUUCUUUCACCAUCUGGGUAAGCGAGUGCUCAAGGACAGGGACUUUUUCUUCUUCCGCAACGCAUGCAUGCACGCCGACGUGGAUAUAUUGAUCGAGUGUCUGAACAAAAACGCCACUCCAACUGGUGAUGAUUGGGAAAGUCCUCAUCGCUCAGCAGGCGACUAUGUAGUCGAUGGAUUUCGGGCUGGAAACAUCUCUGUCGAACAAUUCAAGCAUACAUGGCAGUGGCUGUCUGACCAUGGCUUCGAGCUUACUUACUCGAAUGAAAACACGGGUGCUGCUUCUGGACAAUACCGUCCUUUCUCUGCGGAUUUACUGUACAUGAUAUGGUACGCCGCUGAUGCUGGACAUCUUCAAGCAACUUGCGAUGUCAUCCACUUCGUCGUCGACAUGGGUUUGAUGUUUCGAAUCUUUCUAGACUUUUCGAAUCCCGUAAAGAAGGCGGACAACAUGACGAUGGGAUAUAGGCAUACACAUUUGAUAAGCUUCAUGCUGGCCACUUAUUGCCCGGCUUCCAUCUUGAGACUGUUCUUGAAGCAGCUCGAUGGCCAAGGCUUGACCCUGAAGAGUCCCUUCAACAGUCAGAUCUAUCAAUGUGAUGGCACGGAGAUCCACACGUUCAUACUAGAGGAUCCCAACGGAAUAGCAGACAACUUCGGAGACAAGGUCAAGGCGCUAAUCGAGUACAACUCUGUCCAUGAUGGUGAAGCGCGGGUCUUGAAAGAUAUUUGGAGAAGUCUUCAGAAGAUGGCACGCAAAAGAAUCGAACGAGGCAGCCUCGAUUUUGACCAAGACGGGCUCUGGUUCUGGUACGAACUCAACAUGUCAGUUUCGUAUCUCGCUACCGAUCGAACAAUCCUUAACCGUGUCCACCGCCGUGAAGACGCCCCUAUUCACCUAUUCAGAAUCCAAAACUAUAGUUGGUACCCGGCAGAAUGCCUGUGCUGGAUGAGAAUGAGCUUUGCUGAAGACAGAGGGCCAAUUGACCCUUCGAGAUUUGAGGACAGAAGUAUAGCAACCGCGGCAUCUGCGCUCCCUCAGCCUGGCUCUGGCGAAGCUGCGAUGAGAAGACUUUCCAUCGAAUUAGAUGUAUUCCGCAAAGAUCAACUCCCCAACGCAUCGGAGCUGGAGGAAUGA